CACAGCUUUGCCGGUCGGACAAAAACUAGGAGGUGUAAGUGGCUCGUCUCCCACAUGCAACGUAAAGAUGGCCACAGAACCGCUUCCACAGAUGCACCUCUUUUCACUUCUACUUUUUUGUGGGCUUCAGGGCUUCCAAGGUCAGAGGAGCGACUGUACAUAGAAGGCACAGCAGCUCAGGAGGCGGAGCUGAAGCUAAUGUAGAAACUGAUAGGUGGCCUAUAGGCUCAUAUAGCUGCCUGGCAUGGAACCCUCACUCUUCUGCUGGAGCAAGACAGUGGAGUUCUCUUCAGUUCCAGUUGUCAAACUUUUCUGGCAACAGAAAAAGUAGACGAUGACGCUCCUUUCUUCUUUGUACGGACGCUCCAACCCAAUGCUCCAGGGUGUGAAGCAUCAAGCUGUCUUCACGUGGGCCAUUCAAGUCCACAAAACUCGUGCUUUUUUCUUAAAAUGAACGUGGAUCUAAAUACACUGCUGUUAUAUGAAGAACUUUUUUUUUUUCUCAUGACAUGUCUGUCAUUCUCUCAAAAAUGGAGCUUCUCUCUAUAACUGAAGUUAACCAGCUAUGGUCCAAAGCUAGGUAUGAUCCAGCUAACUGUGAUCCUUCCACGGUUGAACAAAUGGAUCACAAAGAGAGACGUCCUGCUUUAAGAAGCUUGUUUUAUACAUUCAUAGAACUCAGUUUUUACAACCUGUAAGGUUUCAUCCCUUCUUCACUUCACCGUCACUCAGCUGCUAUUCUUUUCUCGUUUUAUAAACCUCUACUUUUUGCCGUGCACUAUGGAAGUACCAAGUAAGUGGAGCAGGGCUAGUGUCAUCAGUUUCAUCAAGGGCCUUGCUUCUCCUGUGAAGCCGCCCGCCCCGCCGACCAGUGGAACGCCAGGAGAAAGAAAGGGUUCUGUCGAUAUGGCGCCUGUCAACGUAGAUCCCGAAAGCAAGCCGGGCGAGUUUGUCCUCAAAAGCUUGUUCGCCAACUUCACCUUGCUUUCCGAGCGCAAGAUUCGAAUCAUCAUGGCUGAGCCACUGGAAAAGCCACUAAACAAAUCGCUGCAGAGAGGAGAAGACUCACAGUUUGAUCAACUGAUCAGCAGUAUGAGCUCUCUUGCAGAGUACUGCCUACCAUCCAUUCUGAAGACUCUGUUCGACUGGUACAAGAGGCAGAACGGCCUGGAGGACGAGUCCCACGAAUACAGACCGAGAGCCAACACAAAGUCAAAAAAUGACGAACAACAAAAGGACUACUUACUGGAGCGGCGAGACCUGGCAAUCGACUUUAUUUUUUCUUUGGUGCUUAUAGAAGUUUUAAAACAGAUCCCUCUUCAUCCUCUCUUAGAUGGACUAAUUCAAGAGGUUGUAAACCUGGCCUUCAAGCACUUCAAAUACAAGGAGGGGUAUCUGGGCCCAAACACUGGCAACAUGCACAUCGUGGCUGACCUGUAUGCUGAAGUAGUGGGAGUUGUUGCACAGUCAAGGUUCCCUGCAGUGAGGAAGAAGUUCAUCUCUGAGCUCAAAGAGCUGAGGCAGAAGGAGCAGAGUCCCUAUGUCAUCCAGUCCACCAUCAGCCUCAUCAUGGGACUCAAAUUUUUCCGCAUAAAAAUGUACCCGGUAGAGGACUUUGAAGCCUCCUUCCAGUUUAUGCAGGAGUGUGCUCAGUAUUUCUUGGAAGUCAAGGACAAAGACAUUAAGCACUCUUUAGCCGGACUCUUUGUGGAAAUCCUUGUUCCUGUAGCAGCUACUGUGAAGAACGAAGUAAACGUUCCAUGUUUAAGGAAUUUUGUGGAGAGUUUGUAUGAUACCACUCUGGACCUCUCCUCCAGGAAGAAGCACUCUCUAGCUCUUUACCCCCUGGUGACAUGUCUACUGUGUGUCAGUCAGAAACAGUUCUUCCUCAGUCGUUGGCACGUUUUCCUCAACAACUGCCUCUCAAACCUGAAGAACAAAGACCCAAAAAUGGCUCGUGUGGCUCUUGAAUCGCUCUACCGCCUGCUUUGGGUCUACAUGAUCCGAAUAAAGUGUGAAAGUAACACUGGAACGCAGAGUCGACUGACAUCCAUCACAUCCACUUUAUUUCCCAAAGGCAGUCGUAGUGUCGUACCCAGAGACAUGCCCCUCAAUAUUUUUGUCAAGAUCAUCCAGUUUAUUGCUCAGGAGAGGCUGGAUUUUGCAAUGAAAGAGAUCAUAUUCGACCUGCUAAGCGUUGGGAAGCCGGUCAAAGCCUUCAGUCUAAACCCUGAGCGUAUUAACAUCGGUCUACGUGCAUUCCUGGUGAUAGCAGAUGCUCUGCAACAAAAAGAUGGGGAACCUCCAAUGCCCAACACUGGUGCCACUCUGCCUUCUGGGAACUCUUUAAAGAAGAAGAAAACGUACCUCAGCAAGACGCUUACUGAAGAGGAAGCCAAACUAAUAGGCAUGUCCUUGUACUACUCACAGGUGCGUAAGUCUCUGGACAACAUCCUCAGGCACUUAGAUAAGGAAGUGGGUCGCUGCAUGAUGCUAACCAGCGUCCAGAUGCUCAACAAAGAGCCAGAAGACAUGAUUACUGGAGAAAGGAAGCCCAAAAUCGACCUUUUCAGAACAUGCGUAGCUGCAAUUCCUCGCAUCCUUCCUGACAGUAUGUCCAAACAGGAGCUCAUUGACUUACUGUCACGCCUCACCGUACACAUGGACGACGAGCUCCGCCUUAUUUCCCAGAACUCCCUGCAAAGCCUGCUGCUUGAUUUCUCAGACUGGAGGGAAGACGUUCUGUUUGGCUAUACACAUUUUCUCUUACGAGAGGUCCAAGAUACCCAUCAGGGCCUGCAGGAUGCAUCUGUGAAGCUUCUGCUCCAGCUGCUCACACAGUGGAGGUUAGCUCUGCAACUGCAGGGGAAAACGCGAGGUGGAGUUGAGGCCAGUCCCAGACUGCCAGACCGGAGCCCUCACUGGUCAGUUCUUCAUGCAGUCGAGGGUCUGGCUCUGCUGCUCCUCUGCUCAUGUCAGAUCAGCACGAGGAAGCUCGCUGUCAGCGUGUUAAGGGAGAUACGCCUCCUCUUUGCAGCACUGGGGCAUGCUGAGGAUGAUGACAAACCAAUGAUAGAGGUCAUGGACCAGCUGAGCCCAGCUGUAAUGGACAGUAUUAUUCAUGUGGCUGUCUCUGAUUCUUCCACAUUACCACUCAACCACCAUGUUGACCUCCAAUGGUUGGUGGAUUGGACCGCCCGGCUGGUGAACAGCUCCUAUGAUGUGAAGAGUCCCAGCCACGUUUGGAUUUUCGCUCAGUGUGUGAAGGACCCAUGGGUGCUCUGCCUGCACAUCUUCUUGCGGCAGGAGCACCUACCCAAACACUGUCCCAUUGCUCUGAGUUACGCUUGGCCUUACGUCUUCACGCGACUACAGCUGCUGCUGCCGCUUGUAGACCCUAACAGUCCAGUUAAUGCAAAGAAGACCAGCACAGCAGGCUCCAGCGACAGCUACAUCUCCUUGUGGCGUAAUUAUCUGAUUCUCUGUCUUGGUGUGGCUAAGCCAAGCAUCAUGUCACCUGGCCACCUCAGGGCCUCUACACCUGAGAUCACGGCCACCACACCUGACGGCAGUGUCACCUAUGACAACAAGGUGAUAGGCACCCCUUCUGUGGCCUGGCUAUUAAAACAGUUGGUUCCACUGAUGAGAACGGAGAGUCUGGAUAUCACAGAGUCUCUGGUUUUGGGGUUUGGAUGCACAAAUGCUUUGGUCUUCAGGGAACUGGUUGAAGAACUCCAUCCACUAAUGAAGGAAGCACUGGAACGCCGACCUGAGAACAAGAAGCGCAGAGAGAGGAGAGAUCUCCUCAGACUGCAGCUGCUGAGGAUAUUUGAACUGUUGGCUAAUGCAGGAGUCAUCAGUGACAGCACGAACGGCGCUCUGGAGCGUGACUCCCUGGCAAUGGGUGCUUUGUUCCUCGAAUAUGUGGAUCUGACCAGGAUGCUUCUGGAAGCGGAAAAUGAGAAGGAGCUGGAUGUACUCAAAGACAUCAGAGCUCAUUUCAGUGGGAUGAUUGCUAAUCUCAUUCAGUGUGUUCCUGUCCAGAACAGGCGCUUCCUUUUCCCUCAGCAGUCUCUGAGGCACCACCUCUUCAUCCUUUUCAGCCAGUGGGCUGGACCCUUCAGUGUUAUGUUCACACCCCUUGACCGUUACAGUGACCGCAACCACCAAAUCACUCGCUAUCAAUACUGCGCUCUCAAAGCCAUGUCUGCGGUUCUGUGCUGUGGUCCAGUUUUUGACAAUGUUGGUCUGUCUACUGAUGGCUAUCUCUAUAAAUGGCUGGACAACAUCUUGGCCUGUCACGACCUGCGGGUUCACCGUUUGGGCUGUGAAGUGGUCAUCCUGCUUUUAGAAUUGAAUCCAGACCAAAUCAAUCUGUUCAACUGGGCUGUGGAUCGCUGCUUCACUGGAUCCUACCAACUGGCAUCCGGCUGCUUCAAGGCCAUUGCCACCGUCUGCUGUAACAGGAAUUACCCAUGUGACCUGGUGACGUUGCUCAAUCUCGUGCUGUUCAAGGCUUCAGACUCCAGCAGGGAAAUAUAUGAAAUCUCCAUGCAGCUGAUGCAGGUGCUGGAGUCUAAACUGUCUGUGUACUCUAAGAGGAUGGUGGAGCAGAAGCCUGGAAAUAUUUUAUAUGGAACACACGGUCCUCUGCCUCCUCUGUACAGUGUCAAUCUGUCUCAGCUCUCCAUCCAGCUUGCUAGCAUGUACCCAGAGCUCACACUGCCUCUUUUCUCAGAGGUGAGUCAGCGUUUUCCAACCACCCACACCAAUGGCAGACAGAUUAUGUUGUCAUACCUGCUACCGUGGCUCAGUAAUAUUGAGCUAGUAGACAAUGGGCUCCUUCCUCCUGCAUCGAGCCCCUGCACACCUGAGGAGGAAACCCGCAGUCAGGCACAGGGAAUGUGUCCCAGUCUGAGAGGUAAUGGCUGGGGCUCCUUGCAGGCAACCUCGCUGGUGCUCAACAACCUCAUGUUUAUGACUGCUAAGUAUGGUGAUGAGGUUCCAGGUCCAGAGAUCGAGAACGCCUGGAACGCUCUGGUGUCCAAUGACAGUUGGAGCAACAACUUGAGAAUCACUCUGCAGUUCCUUAUAAGCCUAUGUGGAGUCAGCAGUGACACCACAUUGUUACCUUACAUCAAGAAGGUGGUGAUCUACAUGUGUCGCAACAACACCAUCCAAACCAUGGAGGAGCUCCUGUUUGAGCUUCAGCAAACUGACCCUGUCAACCCAGUGGUUUUGCACUGUGACAACCCCCCUUUCUAUCGCUUUGCUGCAAGCAACAAAGCUCCCACCUCCCAAACUGGAACAACGUCCAGCAGUAACACAGUGGUGGCUGGUCAAGAGAUGCUUCCAGACACAGAUGAGAACAAACUCGCCAGAGAAAAGGAAGAGCGGUUAGCAUCAAUACACUUGUAUAGGGCCAGGGCUCACAACAGACUGGAAUCCCGUUACAGCAACAGCUCCGGAGGCUCCUACGAGGAUGAAAAGACUGAUCCGUUGCCCCCGUAUGCCGGUUGGCUGCUGUGUGUCUUGGAGAACAACCGCCCUCAGCCGUUGCCCAUGCCUGUUAACGGAGGCUGCUGGGCUCCUCUGGUCGACUAUCUUCCUGAGACCAUCACCCCGAGAGGCCCUCUACAUAGGUGUAAUAUUGCUGUAAUCUUUAUGACUGAAAUGGUGGUGGAUCACAGCGUGAGAGAAGACUGGGCUUUGCAUCUUCCUCUACUGCUACAUGCACUUUUCCUGGGAUUGGACCACUACAGACCAGAGGUCUACGAGCACAGCAAGCGUCUCCUCCUCCACCUCCUCAUUGCCCUCUCCUGCAACAACAACUUUCAGGUCAUUGCAUCGGUUCUAAUGCUCACAAGGGAGAUCACUGACAACAAAACCCUCACAAUCAAGUCCUACUAUCACACGGAGUACCAGCAGUCACAAGUACCGGACUUUCUGCGAGAGUGGCAAACAUCUCCCGUGGUGGACUCGGGGCUCAGUUCCACAUCCAACUCUUCCUCUACAAGUCUGGGUGGCGGCAGCACAGCAGGCAGCGUUGGGAAUUUACCUCUCGUAACUCCUGAUGACCUGGAAGAUCUUGAAGACACGCCAAGCGAGACCGACGAGAAGACCAACAAACUUAUCGAGUUCCUCUCCACCAGUGCUUGGAGUACUGUGUUGUCGUUGCUCAGAGCUAUUGGGCCUUUGUGGGCGCAUGAAGACAUCACUCCAAAGAACCCCAACUCCAAGAGCACGGAGCAGCUUUCCAACUUCCUGCGCCACGUUAUUUCAGUCUUCAAGGAGUCCAAAACUGAUUUCCACUUGGAGCAGCAGCUGAGUGAUGUGGCCUUACAGACAGCUCUGUGCAGCUCCUCCCGUCACUACGCUGGCCGCUCUUUCCAGAUCUUCAGAGCUCUCAAACAGCCAAUUAACAACCACGCGGUCUCUGACCUGGUCUCUCGCCUUGUAGAGGUGGUAGGAGAACAUGGAGACGAGGUGCAGGGCUAUGUGAUGGAGGUGCUGUUGACGCUCGAGUCCGUGGUGGUUAAUCUUGCAGAGUGUCUGAAAAACAGCGACCUCAUGGCAGCUCUUACCAGAACCUCCUCGCCAGAUUUUGUGACGAGUGACAAACUAAUGAACAGAAAGAGCACCGGCAUGCUGAACUUCCCCGGCCCGGGAUUUGCUGGUCUGUCAUCACAACGACACCAGCGCUCGUAUUCUGUUCCCAAAAAAUUUGGCGAGUAUGGCAGUCUGACAAGUGAUCCACCUCGCAGUGCAACUUUGGAUCGCAUGCAGGCUUGCAACAACCAUGGUCUUGGCCGAAAAGCAAGAACCCCCGGAUCCUGCACAUCAUCCACCAAUCGCAUCGAUCCCAGUGUUCUGUCGGACCCUGCGCACGUCUCCCAUCCGUCAUCAAUACUGGCCACGGUCUUCUGGGUGGCGGUGUCACUAAUGGAGUCGGACUUUGAGUUUGAAUACCAGAUGUCCCUCCGCCUUGUUCACAAACUGCUUUCAAAGGUGCCGUUAGACAGAGCAGAGAACCGCGAGCGCCUGGAGAAGCUGCAGGCUCAGCUGGGAUGGAAUGGAUUCUCUGGAAUCCAGCAGCUUUUGUUGAAGGGUUUUACGUCCCAGGCGACAUCUGACCUCACCUUGCAGUUAUUCUGCCAGCUCACACCCGUCUCCCGCGUGCCAGUAGUUGACAGUUCACAGUCUAUCGGUUUUCCUCUGAACGUGCUGUGCCUGCUGCCUCACCUGGUUCAGCACUUUGGCCAUCCUACCCAGUUUUGUAAGGAAAGUGCAGAGAGGAUUGCGCAGGUGUGUUUGGUUGAAAAGAACACAAAGCUGUCUCACCUAGCUCAUGUGAUGACUUUGUAUAAGACACGCUCUUACACACGGGACCCGUUUUCCUGGGUCAGCGUGGUGUGCCGUUAUCUCCACGAAGCCUUCUCUGACAUUACUCUCAGCAUGGUCACAUAUAUGGCUGAGCUGCUGGAUAAGGGCCUUCCCAGCAUGCAACAGUCUCUUCUUCAGAUCAUCUACUGCCUGCUAAGCCACAUGGACCUCACUGCUGUUCACGUCAAACAGUUUAACGCUGACGUCAUCAAAACAAUUGAGAAGUUCGUCCAGUCAGUCCACUGGAAAGAUGCCUUAAACAUUUUGAAGCUGGUUGUUUCCCGCUCUGCAAGCCUGGUGCAUCCGGUGUACGGCCACUCACAGGGGGAUCUCUCCAACCUGGAAGUCAGCAGAGUGUGGGAUGGUUCUGCCAAGGCCCUGCCAGGGAAAACGCUCGAUUUCACUUUUGACAUCUCUGAGACACCAGUGAUUGGCCGUCGUUUUGAUGAGCUCCAGGGUUCAGGUGGCAGAGAUGCUAAGGCCAGAGCCAUGGCUGUCACACGCAGCACCUCCUCAACCUCCUCUGGGUCAAACUCAAACACCAUCCUGGUGCGUGUCAGCUGGAGGCGGCCGCAGUCAUCGCAGAAAAGAACCAGAGAGAAGCUGGUGACCGUGUUGUCUCUUUGUGGACAAGAAGUUGGACUCACCAAGAAUCCAUCGGUGAUCUUCUCAUCAUGUGGUGACCUGGACAUGAUGGAGGUGCGUGAAAGCGGGGUGUCUUCUGAGGAGGGGGGCACCAGAGAGGACACUCUUGAUGACACCGCGAGCGAGCAGCAGUUUCGGGUUUUCCGAGACUUCGACUUUCUGGAUGUGGAGCUGGAAGACGGAGAGGAGCUUCAGGGUGAGACUGUUGAUAACUUUAACUGGGGCGUGCGUCGGCGAUCUCUGGACAGCACCGAACUAGGAGAUCUGUUGGGGGAAAGUCAACACUCAGGCAGCACUCCCAGUUUGGGCCACGAGGACCCUCAUGAUUCUGACGAGUCUUCAGAGGAAGAAGAGUCUUCAACGAGUCAGAGCCUGUCCCAUUCUCAGCUCACAAAUCCUUCCCCAUCAGAAGAAACUAACCCCACCGAUUCUCUGUCUACAUCCUACGACUUAUCUGCUGACCCCCAGUCUUUCAGUGCCACCACCCCGGGGCAGGGGAUGCCCCGUGACAAUAAUAGCAGCAUGCAACUGCUGAAGGUGUGCGGUGAGGGCGAAGACACUCAGGCUCAGGAUGAUGAUCUCUCAAUAAGGUCCAACGAGUUGCCUGAAGACUGUGGCGAGGGCUUCACUUUAGAGAUGCCAGGACAACCGCUGGAUCCACCACUAAAUCUGAAUCGCAGCCUCAACCCAAACUUUGGUCAGCCUCCGAUGGACUUCCUCAACUACUUGCCAAGUUUACGGGAUGACGUCGAUGAUUUGGAAGACCUUGGGUUUCCUCCUCCACCUUCCCCAUUUUUCUCAGCCAUCUUGGCAGCAUUCCAGCCCGCUGUGUAUGACGAUGCUGAGGAGACUUGGCGUUGUCAUGUCAACCAGCUUAUUAGCGACUCGGAUGGUUCUUGUGCCGUCUACACCUUCCAAGUCUUCUCAUCUCUCUUUCAGAAUAUUCAGGGCAAAUUCUGCACUCUGACUACUGAUGUUGCCACUUACCUCGGUGAGGGAUUAAGGGGCAUUGGAUCAAGAUUUCUGAAAUCCUCACAAAUGUUGACUUCCUGCUCAGACUGUCCUACAAUCUUUAUUGACGCCGAGACGAUCAUGUCCUAUGGACUCCUGGAAAAAAUGAAGUUCAGUGCACUGGAGCUGCAGGAGUACCUAGAUACCUACAACAGUAGAGAGGAGGCUGCUGUAUCGUGGCUGAAGAACUGUAAAGAUACAUUUCCCAGGUGUCCUGGCGAUAGCGUGGUUACCUGCCAACCUGGAGACUCAGAGGAGAAGCAAAUGGAGUCUCUUGCACAACUGGAACUUUGUCAGAGGCUGUACAAGCUGCACUUCCAGCUUUUGCUCCUAUUCCAGUCCUACUGCUCUCUCAUUUGUCAAGUUCACGCCAUCAGCUCAGUCCCUGAGCUACUGAACAUGUCCCGAGAACUCAGCGAUCUGCGGAUCAGCCUGCAGGCUGCAGAGGCAGCAGUGGCCAGCGACUUGGAGCACAAACACACAGCUCACUCCCACAAACAUGCCAGCCAGGUUGCGGCCAUGGUGGUACCCAGCUUCCCCAAUGUGGAGGCGGCGGUGCAGGCCAUUCUGGAGUGUCUGAGGAACCACGAGUUCACCAAGGCUGUGCGCUACAUCCAGGAGUGCCGGAUCCAGUGGCCCAACGGACUGUUUGGCAGCAGCUCAGAGAGUGAGGUCCAGACUCUACUCAACGUCUACUUCCGUCACCAGACUCUGGGCCAAACGGGCACUAUUGCUCUGGUUGGGUCCAGACAGGACCUCAGCCUAAUCUGCUCCAAGCUGUUAGAGCUCAACGGGGAGAUUCGCGAUAUGAUCCGCCGCGCCCAGGGCUAUCGGGUCGUCACGACUUACCUCCCCGACUCCAGCGCCUCCGGGACCAGUCUCUGACAGGAAUUCAGGAGCUCCCCACCUCUCCCGCCCCCAAUUUUGCAGCUACAGACGCUCCCCAAGCUAUCCCCAAAUCUGCCAACCCCACCUGCUGUAACACAGGAGGGGCGGCAUCCACAAUCGUGGCAUCGACCGCCUCUUCCAUCUGCGCAUCUGCUGCCCCAAUUUCACAUCUCCAGCCUGAUACCUGCAUGCCGCCCCAUCCACCACUAGAAUCCUAUUCAGACCAAAAUCUACCCCUGCUCUCUUCCCUGUCUGCCUCUGCUUUGCUUGAUUGUCGGAGCUGCUCAAACUCCCCCUGCCAAGCAGACUGUCCACUCCCACUCACCGUACAACCCAGGAGGAGCUAUCGAGGUGAAAGCUCUAGCUUUUGUUAUCCUUUCAGAGGAUUUUCAUCUGACACUUCUCCGUCACAGCUAAACCACAGCAAGCACAUGAUAUCCUCACUUUCAUCUACCAUGAUCCCCAUCGUUGAGACACAUCCCUCUCCAUCACCCGUUCCUUCCCGGGGAUCACAUCUUCCCCACUUCCCCCUCUCUCCCUACAAAAGCUCCAGCGCCUUGUCAGUUGCUCACCCCUCUCCUCCAACUCCCCUCCCUCUCUGCCCCAGGGGACCACAGGAAGCCACGGCGUGGGGCUGCUGCUGCUCCCUCGGAGAGGGUGCGGCGCCACUAACCCGCUACCUAGGAAAAGUGGGGCAAGCCACCCUGCCUUUCAUAAAAGUAAGGGAGCUCCUGAAAUCCGAACCGUCAGACGUCCAAACUUGAAACCACGACAAAGGACCCGAAGGCUUGAAAGUCUGUAAAUCCAAAUAAACUGAAAAUGACUGUGACGUAUCUACUGAUUUUACACAUAUCAAGAUGAAUCUCUGACCCUGUCUGGAUGUCAGAGAUUGCUGCCUGCUGAUAAAAGACGACCUGAACGGGUUUUAUUCGAGCGCUCGCUUGUUUUUUCCUUUCAAGCUCCGCGCUGUAAAAGCGAUGUGCUCAGAAUUGAAUCCCUUGCUUGACGGACAUCCUCACUGCAGCUUACUUCUGAUCCCGAGGACCUAUGGAGACUUUUAACUUGGAAGUAAACCUUGCUCAAGAUGUGACGGACAGUUGCUGCCUAUUGAAGAAUGUUAUAGCUUGCAGGGAAACCACACGGGAAACUGCGUCCUCCCAGGCAGGGUUUUUCCUCUUUUGCACUAAAUGGGUUUUGUUUUUUUUAAUGUUACUGAAGGGGGACUGUGUUACUGCGAGAGAAGAAAGCUGUCACUUUUACUUUGAAGGAAAAGCUCAAGUGACUUCUCUCUUAUUGCGUCUACUGUUUUGACACCUCCUUUGGUGGAAACUGUGCAAUGCAUGACCCAGUUGAAUGCUUUCCACUGUACACUGGCAUCACCUUUGCUCUCCAGAUGUCCCCAACCAGACCGACUGAAAAAAAUGGACAUUAACUUUUCAACCUUAAACUGCUCUAAUCCUGCGUGUAUUCUAUGUCAGUGAGCCAGCUUCUCUAAGAACACUACUGAUGCCAUUGUCUGUGUGUGACAUGCAGUCCUUUGUGGCUAGUUGUAGAGUCAACGUGCGCACACACAUUUCUCACUGUAAAACACUCGUUACCCGUCAAUUUAGCACUCAAAUGCAGAGUUGUACGUAAAUGUUUGAUCUUUUUACUGUUAAUAGUUCUGCUCACAACCAUAGUAGCACAUGUUUGUGUGAUUGUGUAGCUGCACAUUAUGGAAAUGCUGACAUUCAGCGCUCACUGUCAAUGUUUGAAGAAAAAAAAAAAAAUGAAAAAAAAAUUGUCAACCCUUUUGUGACGAUCCAUCUCUCCUAGAACAGUUUGCUGUAAAUCUGAUCAGUUCUACACUUUUAUAUUCGGAUUUUUUGUUUACCAAACUGCCACGCAUGCAUUUUCAGAUAAUGUUUUACCGAUAAAGAAAAUCAAGUUUGAUCUCAAAAGAUGCUUGUGGGAGUUGCAAAAGGGAGCUUCAAGCUCACGUGGGUGUUUGGUUUGUUUAUUUUCCUCAUGUGCAAGUCCAUGUGUUUGCAUGCCAAACAAGUUGCACUUUUUAAAAAAAGAAGCUUUUUAGAUGAAUAACUGUUUGCCAUUGUGUAAAUACUUUUACUGCCUUUGAGAAUUUGUUUUUAGUUGAAGUUCUGUACAAGUUUGUGUCAAAGUAAAGACAUACCAAAAAUUUA